GUCUCUUGCAAACAAUCCUUUUGGCGCUAGGUUUUAGGGUUCUUGGAGGGGGCUAUGGCUGCUGGUUCGUCCCCACUGUUUAGUUUCCAGCCAUCCUCCCCGUCCCCAUUCGCAGCUAGCAGCACGCCAUCGCCAUUCGCUCCUCCAGCUGCGUCCUCGUCGCCGUUUGCCAGCGCUCCAUCGCCAUUUGCGUCGACGCCGCCCGCGUCCUCGCCAUUCUCUGUGUCAUCGUCGCCGUUUGGGACAUCGUCGCUCUUCCAGCCGCAACAGACGCAGCCACAGCAGCAGCAGCAGCAGCAGCAGCAGGUUCUUCCGCAAUCCGGGCAGCUCGGCCUCGUCACGAACGAUCGCACGCCAGUGACUUACAGUACCAGAUGGGCGGACAUCCAUCCCGACUCGCAGCGCGCGCUCCUCAAGAUCGAGGAGAAGAUCUUGGAGUACCGGGAUGAGAGCUGGAGGCUGGAUCAAUGCGAGAGAUUGUACGACACCGCUGCGCUAAACAAAGGCUUCGAGCUCGAUGCUACACGCAUCUCCCAGGAGCUCUCGGGUGUUGCCAUCGGAAUCGAACGAGAGCAAAGCUCGCUCCAGGAGCUCAUGAAGUCUGUCAAGGACAUGCUCCGCAACACAGAGGUAGCCGUGCGCUCCUUCAUGAUGCUGUGCCUGCGUUUCCCGCGUCCAUCCGGAGGAGCUCCUGGCGGAGGAACUGGAGCCACGCCCCCGGCCUCGUUCGCAGCGCAGGCUCCCGGUGCCGUCUACGUCUCGGACUUCUACAUCGGUGUCCCCGUGAAGCCUUCGCCGUUUCUGCAGCAGGCUGUGGCAAAGUUUGAGGGGCGGCUCGGCGAGUACAGGCAGUGGGUUGAAGAGCUCGAGAGGCUUCUCUUGCGCAACGACAAGGAUGAUAGAGUGGCGUCGGACUUUUCGCUUCUCCAGUCGCUGCCCGCGGUGAUGAGCAACUUGCACGACUUCUUCAUCUAUGUUGCAGCCGAGGUGGAAUCACUACACGAGUUUUUGGAAACGAUACGGCUGACUUUCCUCGCCAACCAGCGGCGGAGGGGUGAUGACAACGAUCCGUUCCUCGAGGCUGACAUGCGAGAGAACGCAAAGCGAGAAGCAGCGGCAAAGAGAGUGCAUCCAAGCGCUCUUAAGCCUUCGGAGCUUGCUGCGUACGCACCCUCGGCGCCUCCAUUGCCAGCAGCGGGAUCAUCGGCUGCCUUCACUCCUACCCCUGGAGGAUUCACUCCUGCGUCGUCGUCUUCACCAUUCCCGUCGAUUCUGGGAAGCGCAUCCACACAAGGCUUUAACUCGACGUCUUCGGUCUCUGGACUAACUCUACAAAUACCAUCUCUUUUCCCUCCUUCGGCUCCGUCGAUUGGAACAACGCCCUCUAUAUUUGGUGUUCCAGGCACCACAGGCUUGUUCGGAUCCGGUGUGGCGCCUUCGUCAACAACAGCGAAACCGAAGUCACGAACGUCGAGAAGUCGACGAUAGAAAUCUUAUUUGGGCCGCGGAGAAUGUAAAGUUCUUGUCAGUGUGUACCAUUGUCGAAUUUUUGCUGGAGGUAACUUAAAUUUUUUUUGUGGACUUCGUGGUUGGCGAGGACUUCAUUCUUUCGAAGAUUUGCAAGCCUCGCGUGUGUUUCAUAUCGCAAGCUAGAGAAACCAUAUCACCAAAGUUCAUGAAAUAUUUUUCCUUUAUACACUUUUUUUUGUCUCUUCAAUUUUUGUGGUCGAUGACCACGCUAUGCCUGUCCGCGAGCACAGCAUCCUUUCGGGCGUUGCGAGCUCGGUCGAGCCUCUCGGAUGGUGCCAGUGUUUCUUCUCCGGCGCGGCUAUCCCCGGCGAGCAGCGCAGCCAAAUCCGUGAAGCUGGAAACUCUCAGUGGAUGCAAGCUUGGGAUUGCCUGGUAUCCAGAUUUCGCUUACAACGCCGAUGGUGGAGGAGGUAGCGCGUGCUCGGUGGAAGAUUUGGAGCGGGGAAGAUUGGCUGUGCGGUUCGACCCAAGCUCCGUUUCCAUUCCAGCUCUGAGUUUCUCCACCACCAAGUUGCUGGGACUUCCACUUCCACCUCCGCUACGUAUAGAGAUCAAGCCGCAAGCUCUGGAAGGAGUGAUUGAUCGACACUCAGGAAAGGUGGAGCUUAGAUUCAUCGCGGAGUUUUUCUUCACCGCAGGUCCAGUGUAUAGAGCUCCAGCUCUUGUCGUGGAUACGCUCCUCACGACGGGAAGUUCCAGUGGGAAGCACAGGAGCGGCCAGGGAAUCGCCAUGGAUGAGAACGGGAGCUGCAAGCUCGUAGGCACUGCAGUCAUCGACAAAGUUAGCGAUGGGUUCCUCGAUGCGUUUCUGGCGCUCCCGAGUGAGUGCCUUGCUGAAAUGUACGCACGGAUAACAGUAACUUGAAACGUACCAGUUGGUCGAAA